AUGGAAGAUAACCUAUGGACUGAUUUACGAUGGCAGAAACCGUGCCAUGUCUUCCAACGGUCCGAGGACACCUUCGAAUUUCCCCGCUCCGGCUCCGGUAUCCCCGGGCUCUGCUACCUCGGCCAUCUCGCUAGUCCUAAUUCGCUGAUGUACAUUCACCAAACCAACCAACCAGGCAAGAUCAUCACCAAUCGGGCCACUUCUCCGCAUCUAUCAUGGAUUUCGGUGGAUGUUUCCAAGGUCCCCGAGCCAGUCCGGAGCACGUGUUUCGGGGCAAGGAAAGCAGGUUAUAGAAACGUAUCACGAUGCGGGACAAUCGGAGGAUGCGGGGCUGACUGA